CCCGAACGUCAACCACGUCCCUACGUACAUCGCCCGUUCAACCAAGCAUCUUCAUCUUGUCUCACCAUCAGUCUUGACUUGCAGCCCCAAGACCGGAUCAUGGCAUGUCUGGGGCUUAGGUUUUUGCGACCGGGCCAAGACCCGCUCCAUCAGGACUGUGACCGCCCACUCCUGAGUCCUGACCCCCUUUGACGUCCAUUGCGUGGCUCAUCUGCUUCAGGGUUGAACCGCUGCUCAUGGUAGAGUUUGCAAAGUAUCUCCUGUAUCUUCAUUAUAGGCGCGACUACAAGCUGCACGCUUCGGCCCGACCUUGGCUAUCGAGGCUGGAGAAAGCUUAUCAUGGCGUCUGCGCUACGACUCUCGUGUUUGAGUCGGGAUAAUCUGAACGAAGCGGCUGCAAGUCAUUUGCUGUCUUCCAUCUUAUAUAGUUCAGACAUGUCAUCUAGUCCAAAAGAGGGACAAGGGUUCUGCGCUCUUUUCUGUAUCUCCCGCCGCCCCCAUUUCCUAUCAUUUUCCCCAAUAGCUCGGUAAUCCGGAGGCAUCAUGUGCGGUAUCACAGCGGCUAUUACGCUCCAGCGGAGCGGCUCCUAUAAUGGAAGCAAUGACGGCGCCGACUCGAAUGAAGAACAUACCGCUCUUCGUCAGCAGCUCCAGAAGAGUCUCGAGUCCAUUGCCCAUCGCGGCCCGGACGCCUCUGGUGUCUGGGUUAGCGACGAUGGGACCAUCGGCCUGGGCCACGCUCGACUGGCCAUCAACGACUUGUCCCCAGACGGAGUGCAGCCCAUGCACAGUGACGAUGGCAAGAUCCACGCCGUGGUGAAUGGCGAGAUCUACGACCACGACGCCAUCAGAGAACGGUUGAUCCAGGACCACGGGUACAAGUUCAAGGGUCACUGCGAUAGCGAGGUCUUGGUCGCCCUGUACAAGGUCUACGGUGCCCCUGGAUUUUUCGAACACCUGCGCGGAGAAUUCUCCUUUGUCGUGUACGACGAGAACGACGGCCGGGUCAUUGUUGCGAGGGACAGGUUCGGCAUCAAGCCCAUGUUCGGAACCCUCCAGGGCGAGGGCGCCAGCAAGCGGAUGCUUCUCACCUCGGAGAUGAAGGGAUUUCUGGCUUUGGGCUGGGAGCCUCAGUGGAACGUCCACGGUCUGCUGAGCGGAUCCUCGAUGCAGGCGCACAACACCGUCUUCAAGGACGUCUGGAAGCUGAACCCCGGCACCUGGAUGGAAGUUUCACCAGACGGCGAGGUUCAGCAUCACCAGUACUGGGACCCCGAUUUCAACGAUAAACGACAAGAAGAGACUCGGAGUGUGGAUGACAUGAUCCAAGAAGUGAGGCAGCGCCUGAUAGAAGCAGUGAAGCUCAGGCUUCGCGCCGAUGUCCCCGUGGGCAUUUACCUUUCUGGAGGCAUCGACUCGUCCGUCAUCGCAGGCAUUGUGACGAAACUUGUACGCGAAGAAGGGAUCAAACUGGGCAAUCAGGACGCGACGAAACGUAUUCACUGCUUCACCAUCCAGUUCCCAGAGGCCUCGGGCUUCAAUGAAGCUGAUAUCGCCGAACGCUCCGCUGAGUGGCUGGGCGUGCAAAUCCUGAAGAAAGACAUGGACGAAGCCGCGCUGGCCGACAACUUUGCCGAUGCGGUCUACCACACGGAGCAUCACAACUUCGAUCUGAACAGCGUGGGCAAGUUCUGCCUUUCCACGCUGCCGAGAGAGCACGGUGUGCCCGUUGUGCUCACAGGCGAGGGCGCUGACGAACACUUCGCGGGCUACCCGUUCGUGCUGCCGGCCUUCCUGAUGGAGCCCGAUGCCGCGUGGCCCCAGUCCACCAUGACGGACGAGGUCCGUGGGGACAUGUUCAAGGAGAUGUCGCAGGACCUCAAGGUGAUGUUUGAUCGGAUCGGAAUGUUUGAGGACGAGUCGGCCUCGGGGGGAUCCAACACAUCGAUGCGUUUGGAGCCUGAGUGGAAUGCGUUCUCGCCGUGGGUGCGCGAGACCUACACAGCGCCUCCCUUUGCCGAGACGGCGUUCGCGCCCGAGGUACUCGGCAAGAUGAUGACCAAGUGGCACCCGCUGCACACGAGUCUCUACCUGUACACCAAGGGGACGCUCGCCAACAUGAUCCUGACGUGCCUGGGCGACCGCACCGAGAUGGCGCACAGCAUCGAGGCGCGUCCGCCGUUCUUGGACCACCACCUCGUCGAGUACGUCAACAACCUGCCGCCGAGCGUCAAGGUAGCCUACUUGGAAAACGCCGGUGGGGAGACGGGCGCGGUCGGGACGGGGGCGAGCUUGUGGUGGAAGGACCUGAGCCCGGCGCGGCAGAAGCUCAGCGAGAAGUGGAUCCUAAAGGAGGCCGGCAAGCCGUUCAUCACUCAGGAGCUCUACGAGCGCAGGAAGCACCCGUACACGGCGCCGCUCAAGUGGCCGCGCGGGGGGCCGAUCCACAAGAUGAUGGUGGACUUGAUCAGCAAGGACAACAUCGAGAGCCUGGGCUUCAUCGAGUGGGACAGUGCGAAGCGGUGGCUCGAGGAGGGUUUUGGCGACGACGCGAGCCCGAGGGCGUUCCGGAAGCUGAUCUGCACGGCGUCGUGGGUGGUGCUCGGCCAGCGGUUCGGCGUGAAGACGGCCACCAAGGAGCAGUGGUGUGCGUAGAGAGUCGGCGGUCUGGAUGUACGAGUAUUGAUGAAACCCUUUUGGACUUUGUGCGUAGGCUAAUUAAUGCAAAGCUGGUUUGUGUUGGAAUGCAGCCGGUUUCUGAUAAUUCUGCUUGGGAUGCUGUGAGCACGCACCGAAUGGUGAUAUAGGACCUGAUUCUGCAGAGUUUGGUAGAGCGAUAAGAAUCAGAGAGGCAAAG